UGUGCCACCAACAGCUCUGCCCCAAUGCUACAGUCCCUCCGCCAGCAGCGAUAUGAUGGUGGCAGCGCUGUUGUAUUUCUGGUUCUUGGUGCCCCGUCUUCCACUGGCAUUCACAGCUCUGUUAAAGAUUGAGGCGGACAACUGGGAGGCAGGUGCGGCCUUGUCGGUGAGGGAGGUGCUUCAGGCGUCAUCGUUAAGUCAUGCCUCUCUCAUCGUCAUAACUGAAUCCAGUUUCUCGAGAGACGUCCAGACGCUCCUCGGAGGCUCGCAAGGCGUGGCGAUGUUUGAGACACCCUUGAAUGGGUCACAGCUCGUACAGGUGGUCACAUGCGCCCGUAAAGUGCGGGUGGCGUCAUGGAUGGUCGUGGUGGUGGUUGUGAGUGACGACCCAGUCUUCCUGGCCGCCUUCGCCCAACAGGCCCGUGAGGGUCGCCUGUUGGUGUGGGCCACGAGGCUCAUUGUGGUGAGCCGCCGCGCGCCUCACCGCCUCCACCCGCUCCACCAGACUCUCGCCCUUACCAACUCCCUCUUGCUGCUGAUGGAUGGCGCGGCGGGGGUGAACAGGGCCUCCGUGAAGGCAGUGCUGCCUUUCCAAAGUCCCAGCGACGCAGGGCUGUGGAGAGCGUCUUGGACGGUGGGCCACGGUCUACAGUUGAGUCAGCCGCUGUUCUGGGAUAAGUUUAAUAAGUUUUCUAAGGAAACAAAAUUGCUAGUGGCAAUGGAACAAAACGACAAACACUCAGUAGUGAUGGUUCCAGACCCAACGGCUCCAGGUGGUAAACGGCCAGAGUUUAAGGGCUACACGGUCAACGUGAUUGAUUACUUGUCGCAAGGACUUAACUUCUCAUACACGUUUAGGCGGCCACCAGAUGGUGUUUGGGGAAUGAAGCUCAAGAAUGGCUCUGUGAUCGGCAUGGUGGGCCAAGUUAGCAGGGAGGAAGUGAAUAUGGCUCUGGGACCUUUCGCUAUCAACGCCGCCAGGUACGAAGCUGUUGAUUUCACUUGGCCGGUUGUCUACAUGCAUGUCAAAGUGUUCGCUGGCCGGAAGACUCCCGAAAUAGAUCCGUGGGGCUUUUUGCUCCCCCUCGGCCCCUGGGUGUGGGCGAUGGUGCUCGCCUUCCUUCUGCUGCUGGCUCUCGUCUCCUUUCUUCUCUCAUCCAAGUUCACCCCACAUAAGCUAACCUCGAAAAAUCUUCUCUACUUUACCAGCAUUUUGCUUCGUCAGUCCGUGUGGUUUGGUGAGGGCGGGUGGAUGUGGGAGCGCGUGGUGCUGGGCGUGUGGAUGCUGAUGACCAUGGUGCUGACGCGGAGCUACGAGGGUAACCUUAUGUCACUGCUGGCCGUGAGACACCUGCCCCAGCCCUACCAGACCCUCAGGGACGUGGUGGACGACCCCUCGGUGGUUAUGGUCUGGUUUAAACAAGGUGCCACUAUGCAAGCGGUUAUGGAUUCCACCUCUGGAAUCUUGCAAGAGGUGAAGGAGAGUGAGAAACAAGGGCGUCUUAAGUUUUUGCAUCCAGUGGAGUAUGACAGCAUCCUGAACGAGAUUAUAGAGCAGAAGAAAGUGAUAAUUGACUACGACACAGUAACAACGGUCCUGAGAAACAGACACUUCUCUCGUACAGGGAGGUGUGAUUUCUACACGGGAUCUGAGACCAUAAUGUCUAACCCUCUGGCCCUUAUCAGCCAGAAGGACAGCCCCCUUAUUCCAGCGAUCAAUACGCGGCUAAUGUCCACGAUAGAAACUGGACUAUACAACUAUUGGAGAGUGGACGCGAAGCCCAACUCCAGUUCAUGUGAGCGAGUGCCGACCAAGAUCACCGUUAGCUCGUCCUUUUCACUCAGACAGUGCUGGGCCAUGGUGGUGGUGCUUCUGGUUGGCCUGAGCUUGGGUUUAGCAACACUCUGCCUGGAAGUUGGGCUCGCCGAAGUCUUUACUCACUAACGCCUGAGGAGUUGAGAUAUAGCUUCCAUGAACUUGAUCAGAGGGACCCUUGUGAAAAUUCGACACUAAAAUAAAAGUAAAAAAAAAAAAAAAAGCCAUGUGUUUAUUUCCCUGGUUGGCUCUAUUCACAUUUUAACACUAAUUGAUGUGCUUGCUCACGGGC